CUGUCAACUAGAUCACGCCAUCUGUUAGAUCCCAGCCCUAAGGUGUCAGCCGGACUUUGGAAGGCAAUUCCAGAAUUUCAAGCUAUUGUUUUGAUCGGCUCCCCGGUGACGCGAGCGAAUUGUUCAGUGUGGAUACGCACGUAUGCGGUAGCAGUAGCUGGAAGGUGGGUGUUUAGGUUUUCGUGUGGGAAGCCCCCGGGGCCCAGGGCUUCCCCAGUCGCCCCGAGAUUAUCCGAAGCUGGUCGCUCCCUGCUGCGAUGA